ACACACACACACACACACACAGAGCUCCUUAGCCACAAUUGAAGUUGAUCAUUCACUCAAGUCCUUGAUAUUUCCUGCCAGUGUUUUUAAGCGAUGAAAAGUCCCACGCUGUAAAAACUAAAUGAAUAAAGUUUUCUGAAGGAGAAAAACUCGGACCCACGACUUCAGGACCCUCAGGUCAGAUGUAGAGCGUGCUGUGCGAGCGGGUCACAGUGGAAUGGGACUGAGAGAUGGCACACUACAUACAGCCACAGGGGGCGUCACGGAGCGACGUGAAUCUCGGAGCAUCAGCAAAUCCUCACGCUAAACCCACUGACUUUGACUUCCUGGCUGUGAUUGGAAAGGGAACGUUUGGCAAAGUGCUUCUGGCUAAACUCAAAGCCGAUGGGAAAUUUUAUGCCGUGAAGGUUCUGCAGAAGAAAGUCAUUUUAAAGAAAAAGGAGCAAAAGAAUAUAAUGGCUGAGAGGAACGUUCUGCUGAAGAGCCUGAAACACCCGUUUCUCGUCGGCCUUCAUUACUCCUUCCAGACCGCAGAGAAGCUUUAUUUCGUCCUCGACUACGUUAACGGAGGAGAGUUAUUCUUCCACCUUCAGAGGGAGCGGUGUUUCUCAGAACCGCGAGCACGUUUCUACGCGGCGGAGGUGGCGAGUGCCAUCGGCUACCUGCAUUCCCUCAACAUCGUCUACAGGGAUCUGAAGCCGGAGAACAUCCUGUUAGAUGCACAGGGUCACGUGGUGCUGACUGACUUUGGCCUGUGUAAAGAAGGACUGGAACCAGAAGCCACCACAAGCACAUUCUGUGGAACACCAGAGUAUCUCGCCCCUGAGGUUCUCCGAAAGGAGCCGUACGACCGCACGGUGGACUGGUGGUGCCUCGGCGCUGUGCUCUACGAGAUGCUCUUUAGCCUUCCCCCGUUCUACCGCCGUGAUGUGGCAGAGAUGUACGACGCCAUCUUGCACAAGUCACUGCAGAUACCCCCUGGGAAAUCGGAUGCGGUGUGUGACCUGCUGCACGGACUCCUCCAGAAAGACCCGCAUCGCCGGUUAGGGGCCAUCGCCGACUUUCUGGAGAUUAAAAACCACAUGUUCUUCAGGCCGAUUAAUUGGGACGAUCUCUACCACAAGCGUCUCACUCCACCGUACAGCCCUAAUGUGAGAGGCCCGGCCGACCUCCAGAACAUCGACCCAGAGUUCACCAGAGAGAUGGUUCCCAACUCUGUGGGCCGAACCCCGGAGCUGAGCACCAGUCUGGCCACCAGCAGCUCCAAUGCCUUCAGCGGUUUCUCCUACGUGUCCAGUGAGAACAGCUUCCUCUGAUCGGAGACGAGGUUCUCAGACUAACUCGAGUUUUAAUCUUCAUCAUCAGUUCUGCUGAGUAUAAAAAAAAAACAAACAAAAAAAAAAAAAAACACCCAGCAUCUAAACAGAAUGACCCUUUUUUUUCUUCUUCUUUUCCCGGAUGUUCCAGAUGACCUGGGAGACUUUAUUUUGAGGCUUUGGACAGAUUCUAUCUCUGCACUGACUGCAGUUUCCGAACUGUGAGCUAGCGCUAAGAAGGUGGGACGAUAAGAACGUACUCAGUGUAACCGCUUUCCCUUUAUAUAUGCAAAUGCUUUAGAUAUGUUUAUAUUCACAUAGAGGAUUAUACACUGUGAAAUACUUAUGCGGAAUUAAUGAAAAUAAAAGUUCUUGGUGCAAAAUCGGAGCUGAACUGCAAUAAAAAUGUCACUUCCUGUUUUUGGAAUCUCUUAACUGUGAACUUCAGCGCUGUGUUUCUGAUUCCAGCCAGUUUUCCGGUUCUGGGUUCAAUAUUGAAUAGUUUAAUAAAUAUAAUUCUAGAAGAGGACACUCGGUAUAAACAGUGUCUACAUUUAAUUACUGUAAUCAGUGGGAAAAUAAGACUGCUUUUAACUACAGCGCUUUUUUCAAACUUUUUUUUUUUAAAGUAGGCUAUAUGAUUAAUAACGAGGAUUGUGUUGUAAUAGAGGUUCGUGUUUUAAAGAACACUGUACUGAUGUGAGCGAAAUAUUAAAAAGUCUUGUCGCUUAACAGCA